AUGAACGCAGAUACGUGCGUCUCAUACUGCGAUAUGACAUCGAUGGAUUCAUAUUAUAGCACAGCCACCGCGGCGCAAGGUAGGGAGCACCAGGCCAACAACCCGUUCAGGACUUUCCCGAGCGCAGAGAGCAAGUACAGCCCCACGUUCAUCCCGGGUAAAGGGCAGGGGUACGGGGAGAAGUCCCGGAGCCCCUUCCAGUCGGACUGCCAGUCGCUGGAUGGCACGGAGGAGGGCACCUUCAGCAAGUACCAGCUCUUCAUGCAGCGACCGAGCUGCAAGACUCCGCCCGAAGGCAGCAAGCUGCACCCGGACAGCGCGCACAACGGAACCCUCAUUCCCUGCUACGGUAAGGACAACAGCGGCCUGACAGAGUCCGAGUUGCCCCAGAACGUCGACCCCCCUGGGAUGGAGGGCAGCUACCUGAACCUGAAGGAGCCUGGCGUGAAGGGACCAAACGAGCGGCCAGGCUCGGACCUCUCCAGCCCCAUGGACAAAUGUGAGGCUGAGAGUAACAAAGGCAAGAAGAGGCGCAAUCGCACCACCUUCACCAGCUACCAGCUGGAGGAGCUGGAGAAAGUCUUCCAGAAGACACAUUACCCAGAUGUUUAUGCCCGUGAGCAGCUGGCACUGAGGACGGACCUGACAGAGGCUCGUGUGCAGGUGUGGUUUCAGAAUCGCAGAGCCAAGUGGAGGAAGAGGGAGCGUUUCGGCCAGAUGCAGCAGGUCCGCACACACUUCUCCACCGCGUACGAGCUGCCUCUACUGACUCGGCCUGAGAACUAUGCACAGAUCCAGAACCCUACAUGGAUCGGGAGCAGCAGUGGAGCGUCUCCAGUGCCCGGCUGCGUCGUGCCUUGUGACUCUGUCCCAUCCUGCAUGCCCCCUCACCCUCACGGCCCCGGAGGCGUCUCCGACUUCCUUGGCGUGUCCAGUCCUGGAAGCAGCCACAUGGGACAGACGCAUAUGGGCAGCCUGUUUGGGGGUCCCGGGAUGGGCGGGGGAAUCAAUGGCUAUGAUCUCAAUGUUGAUCCAGACCGCAAGUCCUCCAGCAUAGCUGCGCUGCGUAUGAAGGCCAAGGAACACAGUGCAGCCAUCUCCUGGGCCACAUGAUGUCCCAGCCCAGCUCCGCCCUGCCCCCACUGGGCCCCCUUCUCCGGAGCAGCCGCCGGCCAGCGCUGCGAGGGAGGAGGGACUUUUCCUGAGAGCACUAAUGAUAACACAGGUCAAAUGACAGGGAGAGACUGUGGAGAUAACAGAGGCCAUUACAGCGGCCACAGCAACCAAGAUAACAACUGUGACAAUCAGCAGAUGCUGAAAGUGAGAGAAGCUCAGAGAUGUGACUGAGACGAAGAUGGUAGUUGGACGUUGUGUUCAUUCUUGAUUCCUUGAUCUCUCAGGUCUCAUUGGGUUUAUUCCCUGAUAAACUGGGUACGAUUCACAUAAGUAAAAUAAGUAAUAUAAGAUACAUGGUUUACAAAAUACCUUGAUGCAGGAACUCAGACCAGCCGUAUCGUACAGUAUUCUCAUUUACAGAGUUAAGCUUGAUUCAUACUAUUUACUUCAUUUAGCUUAAUUUUUUUAUUCCAUCCAUCCUGUCCCACUCACGUUGUUUGUGCGAUUGCCUCUCGAAACUUAUCUCACAUGAUGUAUAAAGAUCAGUAUUUUCAUUUGAAAAGCCAUUUAAGAAAAUAGGGUAACUCGCUGAAAUCAAUAUUUAUUUAUUUUCUGUCGCCUUCCAGUGCAAACCUUCCAAUAAAGCAAAAACAAUACUUGGUUAUAAAAGGUUACUUUGGUCUUUGCCUGCUGUGGGUGGUUUAUGUACCUUCAAACUAAGACAGAGGCUGAAUGCAAUCAGUGAACAGGGUCUAAUUGAGCAAGAGCAGACGUGGCCUGUGCCAGGUUAGUCUGGGAGGAGGGCAGGCCUUGGAUUGGCAGCCAUUUCAAACCAGUGUGUCAUUUCCUCCCCCAGGGCUGCCUCCACAGGUUCCCCCUGCGAGGCUCAGGCCUCAGGUUACAGGAAGCAGUGUGUGACCACUGGCAGACAAGGCGCAGCAACACACAGCAGCAGCCGUCAACACCAACUAACCGCGCCAGCUUCCAGCCGACGGCAGUAGAUACACGUAAUUAGCAUCAGACCGAGCUGCCCUGCCCUGUGAACACCACAGUGUACACGGUGACGACAAGCCAUACACGAGCUGUAAUAAUCAAUUCACCGUUAGACGUGCGCUCAGCAGAGACGACUCCCGGACUCGUCGCUCGCACACGGAAUCCGUCCCAUGCCAGAGACUGCAGGCCGAGUCAGUGGCCCUCAUCGUUCCAGAGGAGCGUUCUGUAACGUUUAGGUAAUGGGGAGACAUUAGAGCUGGACGGCAGGAAUGCAGUGAGUGUGUCCAGUGAUUGCAGGGGUGUCUGUGUGUGUUACCCUGCUGGAAUAGGUUUGUCACCAGAGCUGGGCUGAAGGCUGAGGCCAGAGCCAGGCUUCAUCAGCUCUUUUGGCUGAUCCCCUCGAUGACGCCCGCAGGGCCACAGAUCCGUUUCCCCUGUGUGGAUGAUGGCAGGAAGGUCUGGCUCAAUGCUGGUUGAUCAUUACAACAUAUGAGUGACCGUUGCAGCCCUCCUACCAGAGAGUAGGACUGCAACUAACAAGCAUUUUCAGUAUAGAUUUUUCUCCAUUAUACAUCAUUCUUUAUUAUUAUUUUCUCAAUUAGGCGAAUGAAAUGAAUGAAAAUGAGCCACGAGUCCGUUCAGUUUAGGUUAAAGUAGUUUGAGUUAAGUCAGAUGGUGUUGAAUGUGAGAGGUGAAAGCCAAAAGCAUCCUUCAAAAAGUUCAGGGUCAAAACAGGAUGUAGUGAAAUUAAAUGUAAAAUAAAUGUGUAUGACUUCUCGCUGGUCCUCCCUCAAAGCUCCACUCCUCUGCAGCUCCGUCCAUGUUGAUACUACUGAAAUAAAUUGAAAUCCAUAGUUAUGAUGUCGUAUUGUGUGAACGUGAACAAAAUAAAUGAUAUUGUUCUUUUUGCUUGUACAUUUUUUUUGCUUAUUUGUCAAAUAAAGAACCUCCAGAGAUAAGCCGAUGAAGUAUUACAGUAAUAUUGCCAAGACGUGUAAAAUUAUGUUCUGCGUGUUUUUCUGAAGAGUUGCUCUGGCCUCUUUCCGAGGUUGAAAUUUCUUUCUAAUUUUCGUAUUGCUUCACGCAGCUUUUUGUAUAUUAAUCAAGUAUUUCUACUUCUGAUUGUUCCUUUAUAUAAUGUGCUGUUGCAAUAAGUUAUUGCACUUAAAAAUAGUUAUUUUUUCUACUUGGGAAUGGGACCGCAGUAUUUUUCCAUUUGUCUCCCAAGUCCGUCCACAUUUAGCACCAAGAACAGCAUCACUGAGAUCUGUUUGAGGUGUCGACCAUUUGUUUGUACAGAUAAGUAGCUCGCUGUUUGUGUUGAUGAUGGUUUUGA